CAGUGCGUGUGUGUAUGUGUAUGACAGCGGCCAAGGGGGGAGGCAGAGCACUGAGAGCAGGCAGUCAGUGGCAGAGCCUGGGCUGUUGGAGUUGGGUGACGGUCUGUAGGCAGCGCUGGUGCUCCUGGCAUGGACAGAGGGGUGUGCCAGAGGCAGCCAGGAACAGUUGCCCCAGUUUGUCUGAGAUGUGGCUGCAAUCAGCGCCAAGAAGUGACCAUCUGAAAUUGUGAUUGACCGCUGUCCGUAGAGAUCAUCCAGAAACUCGUUUUACCCUCUGGUGUAUAUCGUGCAGCCAACAACCUGGACCAAGUCCUUCUUGUCACCCAGUUCCGCAUAGAAAGGGGAGUCGGUGGGUGCAUUCGCUAUGGAGACCCCCGAUGUGCCAGUGGGGAACCUGAUAGAUCUAGAUGCUGAACCUCUGGUCGUGGUACCAGAAUUUCCCACCCAGCAAGAUACUGAUGGGCUCCUGCUGCUGGAAGGGAACCCUCCGGAGAAUGGGGAAAGGGAGGAGGAGAUUGAGAGCGAUGCCACAGAAUCGGCAGACAGUGAGAAUGAGACCGCGUCGCCCAACCGCCACCGCUGGAACCUCUCGCAGAGAUCGUCCUCUGAGUCCUUCUCCUCCAAUCAAAGCACAGAAUCUGCCCGGGAUGAGCAAAUGUCAGAACAGAAAGAGUUUAUCAGGCAAUAUGUUGAGAAGAUCUUCACUGGGGGGGAGGACAUGGACCAGGAGGAGAAGGCCAAGUUUGGUGAGCUCUGUAGUAUGGAGAACGGAAAAGGACGGGAAUGGUUUGCACGGUUUGUCAGCGCUCAGCGCUGUAAUUCCAAAUGUGUCUCAGAGCAGACGUUCUACCGGCUGGUGCAGUCAUUCGCCGUGGUCCUGUUUGAGUGUUACCAGAUGGAUGAUUAUGGCCCUGCCAAGAACCUGAUGACAAUGUGCUUCACCUACUAUUAUAUCGGAAAGCCGCAUGUCUCUCCCACUGACUCCCGGGAGAAGCCGGUGAGCACCGGCAGCAUUGAUGCCUACCUGAAAUCUGCCAACUCCUGGCUGUCGGAGAAGAAGGACAACGUCGAGCGGCUGCUGAGGACGACGUCGGUCACAACGGAGAACAUGAAGGGUUUCUUUGGGGGUCUGGAGAGCAAGCUGAAGGGGCCCCUAUCGAAGAGAAAUGAGCAAAGUGAGGACGCCUCGAGGGAGCCGUCGAAUGACAUCCCCCUGCAGAGUCCGGAUGAGAAGAAGGGAGAGAAGAUCUAUCUGUACACACACCUAAAGCAGCAGCCUAUAUGGCACACGUUGCGGUUCUGGAACGCUGCGUUUUUCGAUGCCGUGCAUUGUGAGAGGAGGAAGAGGUCACCCACAACCAGAGGGAAUGCUGGGGAGGAAGAGGAAGAGAGAGACCGGUGGUAUCACAUGACCCAGGAGGAGCGCGACGACAGCUUGCAGUUCAAUGAGAACAUAACGUUCGGGCAACUUGGGACGUUUACACACAACAUGUUGGCAUUUGGGCUGAGUAAGAAGUUGUGCAGCGACUUCCUAAAGAAGCAGGCAGUGAUUGGGAGCCUGGACGAUGAUAAAUUUAAGCAGCUGACAGACCACAUUGAGCAAAUGGCCUUGGAAUAGAGUCCGGGACGAUGAGCGCAGUCCCGCGCUAUAUCCCAGUAUUGGAUAAAGAGAGCUGCGUGAUUGGUGAAUCUGCGUGCCGGUCCUGACGCUGCCCUAUAUAGCAACAUCUCUGACCGGUGGAGGCAAUCAUAGGCAAUCUGGGGGAAAAGUGCAAAGUAUAUAUUUUGUAAAGGAGUCUUUUGUCUACUUAUGGAAAUCAGAGUAUUUGAUAAGAGUGUUGUCUGUAUACCUAGUGGGAAGGGAAACCACAGUGUUUGUGUAACAGAUACCUGCAUUUCUGUAUUUUAUUUUUUUAUAAGCAGGAAAUGGGUUCCGAUGUUUAACCCCUUUCCUCCCGGCACUGCACGUCAUUACCGUAUUUGGCUGGGAAAAAGGUUGUUGUGUUUAUUUCCUACUGUAAUAGGAAAGUGCAGCGUGUGUCACUUUUCUUGUGUGUAGAUCUGUCCGGACAGUCCCUGCCACACUGAAUAUAUUUCCAAAAGAUAUGUUAAUUAUAAUGUAUACAUUUGUUUUGAAUGUUUUAGAGAUGUAUAUUUAUUAUAGAUACUUGGCGCUCUGUGAGUUAUAAAAGCUGUUAGAGAAAAUAAAUGUGUAUAUAUAUUUUUAAAGCAGGCGGCGAUGUAAUAGAGGGAACACCGGAUCUUAGAAAUAAGCCACCGUUUUUGGAAUUGCUCUAGAUCAAACAUUAUAUAUUUAUAAUACAAUAAUGACAUGUCUGAACCCCUUUAUAUAUUGUAUAUAUAAGUAGCCAGUGAUCAUUCCAGUGUUCAUAAGGAACAUCCGCUCCUGUAGUUUGUAUGGAUAUUUUAAAUCACCUCUGUAUUAAAGCGCUCAGCCAGCUCCUUGUGAAUGGUAGCAUCGUUAUAAUUUAUAACCUGUAGGAAAUGAGCCUAUAUAAUAUAUAGUGGUCGUUAUGCUACCUGGCGCCAUAGAGUUACAGCAAUGUGAACUAUUUGAGCUAAGGCAGUGAGGGAAGCAUUAAACUCAUGCACAAGACUUCCUGCCUGUAGAAGAACAUUGCACAAAGACAAUUUUACCCAUAUGUUUGUGAAUGUUCCCAUAUUGGGGGUAAUUCCAAGUUGAUCGUAGCAGUUGGGCAAAACCAUGUGCACUGCAGGGGAGGCAGAUAUAACAUGUGCAGAGAGUGUUACAUUUGGGUGUGGUGAGUUCAAUCUGCAAUCUAAAUUGCAGUGUAAAAAUAAAGCAGCCAGUAUUUACCCUGCACAGAAACAAAAUAACCCACCCAAAUCUAACUCUCUCUACACAUGUUAUAUCUGCCUCCCCUGCAGUGCACAUGGUUUUGCCCAACUGCUAACAAAAUUCCUGCUGCGAUCAACUUGGAAUUACCCCCAUUGCCUCAAACUUUAGGUUUAAUCACCUGUUCUAAAGCAGCAUAGUUCUAAAAGUCUUUUCUCCUAUCCUUACCAAGCGAGCACUGUAUCUGGGGCUCCACCUGUGUUCAAGGUGAUACCCAAUAUCACUCCUACUGCCUGUUACAUUGAUAGAAACUGUAAGUGCACCUUUUACUACAUACAGUGGGGGCACCAUUGUUUUGUGAUCUGAACCAAUGAUCAUAAUAAUGCUCUGUUCACUGGGAAUUAGUAAUUUCGGUGAGGCAUGAGGAGUUACUAUUUCCUGGUACCUCAUUGGUUGAAUCUUGGUUGAGCCCACAAAUUGGCUGCCCCGCCUGUGUUAGGCGAACGUUAACUAUCCGGGGUCUUUUGUGUUGGUUUGUUUACUGCUGCGUUCCCAUGCAUUGUGUAUGUUUAUGUGUAUUCCUUGUUAAUUCUGUAUUUACUUUGCAUACAUUGAUAAUGAUGAUUGGGGCCAAGUUUAACCUGCGUGAAAUGUGAAAUUUUAAGUAUUAUUGAGUAAUUCACUUUGUGCAUUGUUUUGUACGUGUUACUUUGUAUCUGUUACAUUGCCUGUCUGUGUUUUAGCAGUGAUCUGUGAGUACAGUGAUGUGUGGCCAUUCGUGUUGUGCUGCUAGCUGAUGUGAUUAUAUGAGUCUGUGUGUGCGGUAUAUAGUCUUCUGGUUCAUUCCUCUUCUUGAAUGGUGAUCUCUCCGUCAAACUUGCCACUUUACUGAGCAAGGCAAAGCAAUAAUUCUGGAUUAUUUGGGCUACUAGAUUGAGAUAGUCACAUGGCAGCCUCAUGAGAAGUGUUUGGGGUUUUUUUUAAACCCUUUUGAAGCUCUUUCUUGUGAUUAGAACCCCCUAUACUCCCCCGAAAAGGCACAGUUUAACGGUUCCUAAAUAAACUAACUUUCCUCCUGAUGACGGGGGCAGCUAUCUUUAAACUUAUGUCAACUAAUGAAAAACUGCGGUCCAGUGCAGAGGAUUGCAACUCGAUUGUGUAUAAGUGACAAGAGCAAUUCACACUAAAAGCAUAACUUGGGCUAUUAGUGUGCAGUAUCUUCCCAGAGCCUGCAGGGGGUGUAAUUGCACUCUGUUGCUUGGCAUCAGCAACAAACAGCACAACCUGCAGGCAAUCAGCAGAUACUGAACACAACAAAAUAAUUGUAAUUUUCUAUAUUUACCUUUGUUUUUGGCAAUAUUUAAUACGUGCUAAGACGUAUAACAGAAAUCGUUCUGUGAGGGUGCAGACUCUUGUCUGGAUUUAUUGCCCUUCCCAGUAAUGAGAGGGUGAAACCAUUAAAUUAUGGCUCAGGUGUCCUUGUGCGAGAGCCAGAAGUGUAACCUUGAGGCUGAUCGUAUAUACGUGUAAUUUCAGGUUGUUAUUGCAUUAUUGUAGACAGAUGUGAGACUCUUGAGAUCUAAGCCUCCUCUUGGAGCUUGUUGUCUAUCAUUGCUCUCUGAGUUAAAGGGAACGUUGCUUAAAUCUAAUAUAUUCCCCCACGCUACUACAGCUGUGGAGAUCCAGUACCCCUACAGUUCCGGAGAUGAUUAUUAUUCUCAGUGGUACCGCUAUGGGCACGCAUCCUAUGCUCUGGGUGGGAGUAUAACUCAGGAAGUACAGUGGAAGCAAGCAUGGCUGAUUGGGCCAAGCACGGCCGCCAUCUAAUCUGCUGCCUUGGCAACUAUUCUUUGCCUGGAUUACCAUACAUCUGUCUCUUGUCAGCCUGGGGAAGUGUUUAUUACAGUGCAGGUCGGUUUCUGAUAGAUGGAAGUUGUUGUUAAAGAAUAAUUUUAUAUUGAAAAUUAUUGAAAACAAACUCUCUCCUCUUUAGUCCUCCUUACCUAAGUUUUAUCCGUCUCCCGCCCCCCUGGGACACUCUUCUCUGUUCUGUUUGGGGCCGGGUAAUACUGAUGUUGCCUAAUGAAGACAAGCAGGUUUUGGAGCUCACAAUAUGCAUUGUGGGAUCCUGUAUUUGAUCAAAAAUUCCAACAGGACAGAGGCGGUUGUCCCAGAUGCGGAACCCCUUUAAUUAAGGUAAGGAUAACAAAAGUGCAAUAGGGUUCUCUUGUCAAAUUUCUCAUUAUAAAGGUGGAAUUGUCCACUUAAGAUAUCAUUGUUAUAUGGAGGUUUGCAUGAACUGGAGUCACCAGAAGCCAUAAAGGAUUGUUGUGCUGGUGAAGCAGACCACUCAUCCACCACAACCUCCUGAAGUCCCAGUGUUGGAUGAGAAGGAAGAGCUGUUGUCUGUGGAGACACUGGGUUAUAUGUAUCAAAGCUUGGAUAAAGAGAAAUUUGAGAUAGAUAAGGUAUCAACCAAUCAGCUCUUUAUUGUCCUUUUCUCAAACACAGCCUGUAAAUGGUCAAGGGCUGAUUGGUUGGUAUUUAAUCUAUUCUCUAAGCUUUGAUACAUAUGCCCCAUACUUACGUUGUGUGUGGGAAAUGAGUAUUAUAUCACUGUAUUAGCUGUGGCUUGAGUAAUAAAACCAUGUUGAGUAAUAAA